UGCAAGCUUCGCGGCUGCGAAAGCGGUUGGACGGAAAGUCCGUGGAAAAUCUCAGCUCGGAAAAAGCUCAUUUAAAAGAAAGUAAAGUAACGUAAAUCGUAUGAUAAAUCAAGUUUCGAUCUCCAUUUACGUAGUAAAUUUAAAUCCCUGAAAUCUAGCUCGAGAAUUAAUUCGCGUUUGAUUUACGAUUAGCAAAAAGCUUAAUUCCGGCGGUAUAACUUCUCGCCGAUAUGCGUUGCGCGAAUCGUUUCUUUGUCGCUUUCUUUUGCAAAGAAAAAAUAUAAAAGGGAAAACGAAUCGAGGACAAAGGAAAUAAUUAAUAAUGAUACCGUCGAACGGAGCUGCACACCUCGCGGAAACCGCGAAAAUUCGCGCAUUAAAAAUUUGAUUGGACCCGACGCCGGGGGUAAAUAUUUACACGCGUAUAUUGGAUUCAUCUCUGCGAUCCGCACGUACCGGAGUCGAUGUGCGCGGGGACGAGUAGCGCGAAAUCGAAUCGCUUUCUUGGAUGGUAAAUUUGGGAGAUUUAGACAACGCGCAACGGAUAAACAUGUCGCGGAGAAGGUGAAGUGCACGAGAAAAGCGACGUCGCGCCGUCGAUGAUACUCGACCCGUAGGAGGAAACCAAUUUGGAUUGAGGCCAAGCCUGAGAAAAUCUCAUCCGCAAACAUGGAAGAAGAAGAGAGUCUCGGCGAUACCACCGGCGACGACGCUGGCGUUAAGGAACUUCAGGAACUUCGUGACAAGUAUGAGGGAAAGCUGACGGCGUCUCUCUACACGGGAACACUCAGCAUCGCUGCUGUCGCCUCGCUGAUCGCUCUAGGUGCUUUCUGCUUCACCGACUAUCAUAAGCUAUCCAAUUUGAACGAUUUUGUACCUGUAUCGGCACUGACGACCAUGCUCAUCGCCUCUUUGACAUUUUUAGUAGUCACGCAAUUAUCUUCGACUAUAAUCUCCAAACGGUCCAGGAUUUUAAUAGGUUUAACAUCCUCCAUCAUACUCGGUUUAGGAGUUUUAAUAUUAAGAGGUGCUCUACCCUUGUUCGCCUGUAUCCUAUCGAUAAUCGCCAUUCUGCCGAAAAUGAGAUGGCAAAUACCGCUCGUCAUCGGUUGCAUUUUGGCCCUGGCGCACGUUUCGAGAAGACUUAUCUUCGACGAUCUAACGAGAUAUUACAACGUGAUCCAGAUUAUUGUCGAGAUCAUGUUCCUUGUGGCUGCUAUCCUCGCGGGCAUGUACUAUCGGAUCCUAACGAUGAUGGCCCAUCGCAGAACUUUCUCCGGCACAAAAACCGUGAUCGAAUCGCGAAUCAAGCUCGAAUGCGAGAGGGAGCAGCAGGAACAAUUAUUACUCAGCGUUAUACCAGCCUACAUCGCGGCGGAGGUAAAGAGGAGUAUAAUGCUGAAAAUGGCGGAUGCUUGUCAGGAAGCUAAUAAGCACAAGCAGACCACGUUCCAAGAGAUGUAUGUACAACGACAUAACAACGUAAGCAUUCUCUACGCGGACAUUGUCAACUUCACACCGCUGUCGGAACAGCUCUCAGCUUCCGAUCUCGUGAAGACGCUCAACGAGCUCUUUGGCAGAUUCGAUCAAAUAGCCCAGGACAAUCAAUGCAUGAGGAUCAAAAUUUUGGGUGACUGUUACUACUGCGUUUCCGGGCUUCCGGUUUCCCGUCCGAAUCACGCUUACAACUGUGUAAAUAUGGGGCUGCAAAUGAUCGAUGCCAUCAGGUUUGUCCGCGAGGCCACCGGCUUUAACGUCGACAUGAGGAUAGGAAUUCACACAGGGAACGUGCUGUGCGGAGUACUCGGUUUGCGGAAAUGGCAAUUCGACGUGUGGAGCGACGACGUGACCUUGGCCAAUCACAUGGAAAGCGGCGGUCUACCAGGGAGAGUUCACAUAACAAAGGCUACUCUGCUUCAACUGGGUGAUCGGUUUGAGGUUGAGCCAGGCGACGGAGGGUCACGGGAAAGUUAUCUUGCUCAGCACAAAAUAGAAACCUUUCUUAUCGUGCCACCCAAAAAAAAUCGAGAGGAAAAUGGAAUGGAAAAUGGUGGAAAUCGUAUACAGGGACCUGGACCAGUACCUUCUAGAUCCAGACCUAGUAGCAAAAUGACAAAAUACGUGGAAUGUUGGGGUGCAGACAAACCUUUCGCUAAUAUAGCGGAAGCGACAUUAGCGAAGAAUAUUGGCCUAACAAGCAUUGCAAUGAUCGAAUCGAAUCUAUUGGCAAACAAUGGCAACUGCUUUGAUACACAACACUGGUGCGGUGGAAGUGAAGGAAUUUCGCCGUUUACCUAUUGGUUCAAGGAUAAGAAUCAAGAGCAGUUGUAUAGAGAGCAGAGGGAUGAGCAAUAUCUUUGGUACGUUGUGGCCUCCAAUGUGGUUUACGCUAUGAUGUUCUGCAUCCAGAUCAUCUAUCUACCAAGAAGCAUCAUAGUUUACGGUUGCUUUGCUGCUGGUAUAGCAUCUCUAAUUAUAUUUGCUGCAAUUUCUUGGUUCAGUGGAAAAACCGAUUCUGAAAAUACCGAAGAAACAACGAAUCAAAUUGCACUUAGCCGUGGUAUCAGAAUAACUGUGUAUUUAAUAACGGCACUAUUAGCCAUCGCAUCAUCAGUCAUUAGUCUGAUCGAAGUUGAUCACAUUGUUGGAUACAAUAUUAUACCAGUAUACAUAUAUUCCCCAGUGAUAGCGUUAGUAGUUGGUUGGACACACCUGAGGGUCGAUUUCUUGCUGAAACUGGGCGUAAUGCUCCUCUCCGUUGCCAUAAUACUCGUGAUCUUCUCUCAAGCACCAGUAAUUCAACUGUACUACGGCGAGAACCCCGACGUCAAGUUUUACGGUGUCCAUUAUCUGCUGCAAGUGGGAUAUUUGCUGGUUCUCGUCAGCCUGAUACUCCACAUUCUCGACAGACAGGUGGAAUACACGUCCAGAAUGGAUAUUCUAUGGAAGAGCAAGCUGAGAGUCGAGCAGGACGAGGUGGAGACUAUGAGAGGCAUCAACAAGAUUCUCUUGGAGAACAUUCUUCCAGCGCACGUGGCUGAUCACUUUUUAGCUACGAGAGCUAUGCAGGAACUCUACCACGAAAGAUACAGCAGCAUUGCCGUAAUGUUCGCGUCGAUUCCGAAUUACAAGGAAUUUUAUGAUGAAACUGACAUAAACAAGCAAGGUCUCGAGUGCCUGCGUCUACUUAACGAAAUCAUUUGUGACUUCGACAAGCUCUUACUUAAGCCGAAGUUUUCGGGAAUCGAAAAGAUCAAGACGAUAGGUAGUACUUACAUGCUGGCGUCCGGUCUGAGCCCAGGAAAGGAGGGCAGUGACAGCAAAGAAUUACUGAAGCAACAAGAUCAUAAUGUGAUUGUACUCGUCGAAUUUGCUCUCGCGCUUAUGACGAUCCUAGAUCAGAUCAAUAGAGAUUCUUUCCAGAGAUUCAAAUUGAGAAUAGGCUUAAACCACGGUCCGGUGAUAGCUGGCGUUGUAGGCGCUCAGAAGCCGCAGUAUGACAUUUGGGGAAAUACGGUGAACGUGGCUUCCAGGAUGGACAGUUGCGGUGAGAUGGGCAAGCUUCAAGUCACCGAGGACACUGCCAAGAUCCUCAUCGAUGCCGGAUAUGAGCUUGUCUGCCGAGGGCCGACAUACGUGAAGGGCAAGGGAACCCUUACCACGUACUUCGUGAAGACACCUUUUGACGACAAGGGUGAUAGCUAUUAGCAGUGAAUUUAUCGAAUUCAUUAAAACGAUUUAGAUAAUCAAACUUUAUCUCGUAAUCGGAAAAGACUUUUAAUUCUCCACGACAUUAUCGAUCCUUAUACGAAAAAUCGAAGCACGAAACGUUGCAGGAAACAAAUUUUCGUUUAAGCGGAUAAAGAAGAUGCAUUGUCGAAAAGGUGAUUUCAGAAUUUUAACGAUCUUUAUCAGUAAUAUAAGAUACUCAUGAAUAUUUAUUUAUUUAACUCAUAAAUAAGAUCUUAACUUCGCGCGAACAAAUGGAAGUUACAUUUUUUAAAUUUAUCAUAAAAAUUGAAAUAUAUUCACAAUGUAUUUACUAUAAUAAUAAUUCCAUUCUUUGUUGUUUGUUAUAUAUAUUAAAGGAAUAAUCAAAUAUACAUUAGAGGAAUGAAUAAUCGACACGUGUUUGAUGAGAAUGCGAAUGUUCAGAUUGCACUAAACUCUCGAUGUUUCAUUGCAUUUAAAAAAACCGAGGAAACGGGAUAAAUAUUCAUAUUCAAUAGUUUCAAAAAUAAAAACAAUUUUAUACCUAUAUCACAGACAAAUGAUAUAAUUUUACAUAUACGUUUUUUUACAUGUUUUUUUUAAGAUAUCCCAAAAUUGUUGCAAAAACAUUUCAAACACCGACUCAAUCCAGUUUUUGAUUUAUGACAAGUGAUUGUAUGUAUCGUUACGUCGUACCUGUCCAAGUAGAUUAUCUGUAUAUACAUAUACGCAUAUCUUCUUCAUAACAUCUUGGCAGAUGCGUUGAUUGACACAAUUGAGCCUCGAUAUAGCUCAUGCUCAUGGAUUCUCAUGGGAAAGUAAAUAUAAUCAUAUUAUAUAAUUGUUUCCCGUUGCUUUCCGUGUUCCAUAUUCAGCCGCCCAUCGUGGGAGCUGUUGCUGUUGUGCUUUACGUAGAUUACGAAUUUAAUUCGUUUAUGGGAUGAGAGAUCAAAUCCAAGAUUCAAUAACGAAUCCGUCGUUCUCAUAGAGCCGCGGCGUCCCAUAUAUUAAUCAUAAGUGUGUAAAUAUAAUAUAUAUAUAUAUAUAUAUCCGUCAAAAUUUAUUUGUCGCAGCGAAAAGAAUUAAUCAUUUAAGUAUGUAUAUAUGUAUGUGUUUUUGAGAGCUGCGAUAAAUUUUGACGGAUAAUUUCCACCAAGAAAAGCAACAUAAGCUCUUCACUCAAUCACCCUGAUAUUCGAUGUACGAUAUUGCUUUACACGGCCGAUAUAUUUAUUGUCUUCCAUCACAAUCUGAAAAUAUUAUGAAUAUGAUUAUAAAUAAAAGUACGAUGGUAAAGUUCACUCCAA